ACGUCCAAAACAAACUAGUUAAUAUCCUAAGAUAAAUAUCACUUCUUUUGGUUAAAAUACCUUUGUCAUUUAGUACCCGAUUUGAAGGAACAUUCCAGGAAACGAGAGCAAGAUUCCAGCACAUCACGAGUGUGAUUCAGUGAAACUCAAAAUUAUUGGAAUCUGAUUACGUCUCUGAUUCGCAGUUCCCGUGUAUCAAUACCACUUAAUUCUACAUCUUAAAGUUUGAAAGCCUAGGAUCAUUCGAAAAGGGUCACAUAUAUAAGUAUAUAAAUGCUGUUGAGUGCUCCAUGUCGAGGGUAAUGAUGACAUACCUGGCAUCAAUUCGGGGCUGUUGACUUUAGUGUCUUCAAACCGAGGCUAUUGAUGACACCGCUAUGAGUGAGAGCGUCAAAGUCAUAGCACGCUGCAGACCAUUGAAUGAAAGUGAAUGUAAAAUGAAGACUGAAACUGUGGUCAUCAUGGACCCCUCGAAGCGUCAGUGCUCCAUUAAAAAACCUUCAGAUUCCUCCAACACGAGAAAGGUGUUCACUUUUGACGGUGUAUUUAAUUCUUCUUGCGGGACGGACACCAUCUACCAGGGCAUCGUACAGCCGAUAGUCCAGGGUGUCCUCGAUGGAUAUAACGGGACAGUCUUCGCGUACGGACAGACGUCGUGCGGCAAAACCUUCACGAUGGAAGGCGUUAAAGAACCAGAAACACAAACCGGUAUCAUCCCUCGCUGCUUUAACCACAUCCUCAACAGUAUCCAUAGCAACAGCAACCAUGACAACAGGGAGUAUCUAUUGCACGUGUCUUUUCUUGAGAUUUAUAAUGAAGAUAUAAGAGACUUGUUGGUCAAGAAUAGUCGGUGCAAACUUGAAAUUAAGGAGCACCCAGAUAAAGGGAUGUACGUCAAGGGUUUGUCGAGCAUAACUGUGGACUGUUAUGAAGACAUGGAGGAGAUUCUAGCCAUCGGAUCAGCCAAUCGCUCGGUAGGAGCAACUUGUAUGAAUACCGGUUCAUCUAGGUCGCAUUCGAUAUUUAUUAUUGACCUAGAAAUGAGUAUACAUCACGGUGAAGGGAAGGAAUUCUUUCGAAGUGGAAAAUUGAACUUGGUUGAUUUGGCUGGCAGCGAACGACAAGGAAAAUCGCUUGCGACAGGGGAACGAUUUCGAGAAGCGACGCGAAUCAACUUGUCGCUGUCGGCCCUUGGUAAUGUUAUAUCUGCUUUAGUCGAUGGUAAAAUAAAACACAUUCCUUACAGAGACUCUAAGCUUACUAGAUUGUUACAGGAUUCCCUUGGGGGGAACUCUAGAACGUUAAUGAUCGCUUGUAUCAGCCCGGGGGCGAAUAACUAUGAAGAGACACUAACUACACUGAGAUAUGCUAAGAGAGCAAAGAAUAUCAAAAACAGACCGAGGAUCAAUGAAGAUCCUAAGGAUUCUUUGAUCAAGAAAUAUCAAGAGGAAAUUCAACAGUUGAAGAGAAUCAUUGCACAGGAGAUUGAUAUCCCGUCUCACCUUGCGCUAGAAAUCGAAGAAUUCAGGAAAAAGAAAAUGCAGAAAGCUUCUACAACACAAAAAGAAAGUCUAACAACAGUAACGACAACAACGACAUACGAAGUCCAGGAAAUUCAAACACAAGUCUUAAAAAAGAAGCUUCUCCAAGCAGAAGGAUUCAAGACCUUAUCAGAUUUAAAAACCGAACUUUCUGUAGAAAAACGUUUUGAACUCGCAACUUGUCAGACAGUCGUGGAGGAGAAGCACUCGCUGAUGACGUCACGUCGCAAUGGUGACGGCGCAUGCGCUCUUGCUCUACAGUACGAUGAAGUCGGGAUUCCUGUGGAUGAAGAUCACGUGCCAGUAAAGUCAAUUUCUACAGAUGAUUUGCAUAGUUUGUCGAGCUUGAACUCUGAUGCACAUGCGUCUUCAUCAGACAGUGAUGUAUUCGAAUUCCCAGAGGAUUGGGAUACUCAAAAUCUAGGUGUGCUGGUGAGGGAGUUUGGUGAUGGGCGAUCGAGAAGCGUUUCGCCUUACAUCGGAGAGCAGAAAAGGAGUGAUACCAACAUAUUGAAGGGGAAAAUGCCAAUUUAUCUUGAUGACGAGGGUCCAGUGUCCGGGGCCUUGUGUAAUCUCUGUUUUGGAAUAUCAUUCUUUGGAGAGAGACUCGCCAUAAAGCAAAAAGUCUUAUAAGACUGAGCCGUCAAGUUAAUUAACUACGAACAAAUAAAUUGUAAAGUAAAAUGUGGCGCAUGCGCAGAACAUUGCAUGAAUCUCUUCGUAAGCCUCAAUCUCGUUCCCAGAGCCCUUAUUUCUUCUGCGCAUGCUCGACGAAAUAAUUUGUUUCGUCGAGCAUGCGCAGUAAGAAAUAAGGGCUCUAGGAACGAAAGUUGUAAAGCCUGAUUUAGCAGCAUAACGAAUUAAAGACAAGCGUCGUUUCAGUUAGCAGCAGAAACAGACCUGAUUUGCAUGGGCGCAAUGGUGCCCCAUUUUAGACUCCAAGUAUAUAUUCUUCUUAAUUGGAAUAAAUCUCAUGUUUCACUUUCGUCUGUACUACAGUCCUUCUCUAUACCAGCACGUAAACCAAGGCGUUUCCUUGACAUUCCAUAGACACGUGAGAAAGAUGUUUAUUCAAACUAGGGACUAAAAUGUGGAAACAUUACUGCAAAAUGCGUUAAAGGUUUAUGACCUCUUUCCUAACACCUCAGGCGUUUUACACAAAAACUCCAAGCUGCAUGAAUCUGUAGGCUGAGGUUGGUCGUGAUAGGAGAAUAUUUUCCUGUACGUAUGUUAUAUUAAUUGGAUGUAAAAUAAAAAUGCGUGGCAUAUUUCACUCGUAAA